UUCCCACUGCCCUCUGCUCGAGCCGACAGAGUUCUCGGGAGCUUUUUGCAUAAAAACCUAGCGGCGUCCAGUGAUUCUGUACAGUUCUUUGGAACUUUGCUUACAAUUAAGUAGGACAAUACGCAGCGCAGCGCCACGCACAGAUUCUCCAGACAGGAUCCCAGAUAGUAAGCCAUGUCCAAGCUAAGCGCCCUACUCGUGCUCAGCUGCCUGCUGGCCCUGGCCUUGGCUCUGCCGGAGCCACGCCUACAACAGAGACAACUGCGCCAGCAGCUGCAGCAGAAGCAUCCGUAUCUGUUCUUUACGGUGCCACGCGGACGCGCCAAUGCUGGUGCCGUGGUGCAGGGCUUUGAGGUUGUGGAGGAGCCCGAAGAUCUGGACAAUGAUGACGAUGAUGACGCUGAGUCGGACAUUCCGGUGAGGCGCCUGCAGCACAAUGCUGACGAUGACCUCAAUGAUGAUGAUGACGAUGACGACCUGGCCGACGAUGAUGAUGAUGAUGAUUUUGAUGCGCUGCCGGCAAGGCGUGGCGUCAGCUUCGCGCGCAAUGGCCACCUUGUGCUGCUCAAUGGCGGCGACAAUGUUGACAACGAUGUCGACGACGAGCAGGACGAUGACGAGGACACACACUUGCCCGUGGUGCUGGCCAAGUCGGGCUUGGGCCGCAAGCCGUCCGCCGUCAGCGGCCAACAGCUGCUGAAGAACGCCAAGCCCACGCAGAUGAUGGUGGCCAGAGAUCAGGCUGGCGCCAUCAUGGUGCCCGACGGCAUCAUUGAGAUCGAGGGCCAGAGCGUCGUCGACGAGAAGACGGGCAAGGCAGCGCUGCUGGUGCCGCGCGCCGCCCUCGAUGCCAUACCCGACGGCGCCGUCGUCGCCCUGAUGGAGCGCUCAGCCGGCGAGUCAGAUGUCGGGGAGGAGCGCGCCAAUCGUGUCAUCGUGCGUCGCCGCAAGACCGGCGGACGCCGCAAUGUCCAGCGUCGUCGUCGUGGCGGCCGUCCAGUGCGUCGUCGCAGCGGUGGGCGCCGACGUGGCACCGGCGGCAAUCGUCGUCGCAAUGUCCGUGUCAUCCGCCCCGGCGGCAAUCGCCGACGCGCCGGCGUCCAACGUCGCCGUGGUGGCCAGAUUAUGCUGCAGGGCUAAGCUGGACCAGACCAC